AACCUCCGUGGGAUAUUUUGGCUGUAUGAAGAGGCUGGCUGCACCUCCAUCGUGAGGAAUGAGGGAGAGCAUGUCCUCGUAUAAAUACUUUCCCCCCCCCAAUACAGCAAUAAGUAGCUACAGUGAUUGUCACUGGUAUGACAGCAAAUACUAUUGUUCUUGUAUUUUUAAUUUUUUUAGCCUGCAGGUGAUUAACUGUUGCAAUUGGGGUUGAACACGGGCACGCCUUUUGGAUACAACGUCUGGGAAUAACAAAGUUGAGCUCUGAUUUUCUUUUUUGUCUGAGAAGAUGUGAUAUGUUCAUCGUGCCAAUUUGGAAAAUGGAAAAAAAGAAGACAUGUUAGAUCGGACAAAUAUUUUUCUCUCGUGGGAUUUUUUGCAGUGUGCUCAGUCAACCUGACGAUCAUUUAAAAAAAAAAAGUGUUCCCAAAUUCCUUCGCGCAUACAGCUUAAAGUGGAACUCAGCAUAUUGGUUAUCUUUGGCAUUUACCGCUUCGCGAUGGUCGUUUAGGAUUCCCCAAAGAAAACUUGGCUGGUUCAAAACACUCUGAGAAUUGCCUUUUGAUUUUGUUCUUGGCUUUCUGGAAAUGUGAGUCCAUUGGAGACCAGUGCGCACCGAACACAGUCGCAACGCGCAACCCAAUUUUGUCUCGGGGAGCCGGGCUUUGCACCGCAGCAUCUCUACGACGUUCUUGCUUUUUCUCGCCGAAAUGCCUCCGUGUGCACCGAUUCCAUUCAUGGCCAGAGGAUACUGAAACUCCAUGGUGUUCACCGGCCAGGUGUCUCAUAGAAGGCGAAACCUCGGCUGUUUUGUUCAGUGAAUCCUGGACACACCUUUUUUAAUGUCAGUCAAGAUCUCGGCUGGGUUGCCAUGACGAGCGAGGAGUGUCCUGUGUCGCUGGGGAGCAUUUCCUCAGCAGGGCCAGGGCAGAAUGAGGAGUACGGCUUGGCGCAGACUGAUGACAUCAUUGAGGAAGUGGGUGCAGAUGAUGACGUCAGCAUCGGCAGUGACCUGAGCACUCUCGUGUUGCCCUUCCCGGAGCUGGCACCCGUGGUCUUCUUCUGCCUGAAGCAGACCACCUGUCCUCGCAACUGGUGCAUCCGUAUGGUCUCCAGCCCGUGGUUCGAGAGGAUUAGCAUCAUGGUGAUCCUGCUCAACUGUGUGACUGGCAUGUACCAGCCCUGUGAGAACAUCGACUGCACCUCGGACCGCUGCCAGAUACUGCAGGCCUUCGAUGCAUUCAUCUACAUCUUCUUCGCACUGGAGAUGGUGGUGAAGAUGGUGGCUCUUGGGAUCUUUGGCCGUCGCUGUUACUUGGGAGACACCUGGAACAGGCUGGACUUCUUCAUCGUCAUGUCUGGGAUGGUAGAGUACUCUCUGGACCUGCAGAACAUCAACCUUUCGGCUAUUCGGACAGUGCGGGUCCUUCGGCCCCUCAAAGCCAUCAACAGAGUGCCAAGUAUGCGUAUCCUGGUGAACCUGCUGCUCGACACUCUGCCCAUGCUGGGCAACGUGCUGCUGCUGUGCUUCUUCGUCUUCUUCAUCUUCGGUAUCAUCGGCGUGCAGCUGUGGGCGGGGCUACUGAGGAACCGCUGUUACCUGGAGGAGAACUUCACCCUCCCCAGCUCUUCAGGUAUGACCCUACCUGCUCCAUACUACCAGCCAGAGGAGGAUGACGAACGGCCCUUCAUCUGCUCCCUGGCAAUUGAUAAUGGCAUCAUGUCAUGUAAUGAUGUGCCGGCGAGGCGCGAAGGAGGACGCACAUGCUGCCUGGACAGGGAGGACGCGCUCCACAGACAGGGUUUGGGCUUGAUUCCUGAACCACUGGCCAACGGGAGCGGUGCCGGUGAAGCAAUUGGUCUAUGCAUCAACUGGAACCAGUAUUACACUCGGUGCCACACAGGAAGUACUAACCCCCACAAAGAUGCCAUUAACUUUGACAACAUUGUCUACGCCUGGAUCGUCAUUUUCCAGGUGAUCACUCUGGAGGGCUGGGUGGAGAUCAUGUAUUAUGUGAUGGAUGCCCAUUCCUUCUACAACUUCAUCUACUUCAUUUUACUCAUCAUUAUUGGGUCAUUCUUCAUGAUCAACCUGUGCCUGGUGGUCAUCGCUACCCAGUUCUCGGAGACCAAACAGCGGGAGCACCAGCUGAUGCAGGAACAGAGGGCGCAGUGCCUGUCCUCCUCCACCCUCGCCAGCAUGGCUGAGCCGGGAGAUUGCUACGAGGAGAUCUUCCAGCUGGUGUGCCACGUCCUCCGCAAGGCUAAGAGGAGAUCGGCAGCUCUCUACUACACGCUGAGGGGCAAAACCCCGCCGGCUGCUGGUGGCAGGGGCAACAGGCGUGGGGGGGGAAAUGUGAACGGAGAGCGUCAUCAUUCCAGGCACCCAAAAACAUUCCACUGUCCACACCAGAGCAAGCCAGACCACGGCUCUCAGCCACUUGAAAACUCCAUCAGUCUGUCUGUCCCUCAGAAACCUGAGGACUGUCCUAUAUGCGUAUUAUCACUGAAAGAUGGGGUGAGAGCGGAGGGAGACUCCGGCAAAGGAGAGGAAGAAGCUGAGGAUGCGGUGAAAGAGACGGGCAAGGAGGAGAACCAUCUAGAGGAGAGGGGAGAUGGAGAGAGGAAGAAGAAGAGGACGUGUUUUCGACAUUGUAUCGAAACCUGGAACGAUAUGAGGAGGAAACUUUGGGGCAUUGUAGAGAGCAAGUACUUCAGCAGGGGCAUUAUGAUCGCUAUUCUGAUCAACACCAUCAGUAUGGGCAUCGAGCACCAUAACCAGCCCGAUGAGCUGACCAAUGUCCUGGAGAUCUGCAACAUUGUGUUCACCAGCAUGUUCACCCUGGAGAUGAUCCUGAAGCUGACUGCUUUUGGCUUCUUUGAGUACCUGAGGAACCCCUAUAACAUAUUUGAUGGCAUCAUCGUCAUCAUCAGUGUGUGUGAGAUCAUCGGCCAGGCAGACGGCGGGCUGUCAGUGCUGAGGACCUUCAGGCUGCUGAGGGUCAUUAAGCUGGUGAGGUUCAUGCCGGCGCUCAGACGGCAGCUGGUGGUGCUGAUGAAGACCAUGGACAACGUGGCCACUUUCUGUAUGCUGCUUAUGCUCUUCAUCUUCAUCUUCAGUAUCCUGGGGAUGCAUAUCUUUGGCUGUAAGUUCAGUCUGAAGACGGAGGCAGGAGACACCGUGCCUGACAGGAAGAACUUUGACUCCCUGCUCUGGGCCAUCGUCACUGUCUUCCAGAUUCUGACUCAGGAGGACUGGAACAUGGUGCUUUACAAUGGGAUGGCAUCCACCUCGCCCUGUGCUGCUCUCUACUUCGUAGCUCUGAUGACUUUUGGAAAUUAUGUGCUCUUCAAUUUACUGGUUGCCAUCCUGGUGGAGGGUUUUCAGGCUGAGGGUGAUGCAAACCGCUCUUUCUCGGACGACGACAGGUCUUCCUGUAAUUUUGAGGAGAAUGAUAAGCAGAAAGACUCUCUUCAUCUCUCAGACCCAAAGAUCUGUACGCUGACUCCUAACGGGCACCUUGACUUGUCCCAUGGUCUGUUUCCGGGAGAGAGGUUGACUUUCGCUCUGGACUCCAGGAAGAACAGUGUUAAUUCUCUUGGUAGGGCCAACUUGGAGCAGAGGGCUUUGUUUUCAGGUCGAAGUUACCACAACUGGGGUCGCCCGUGUGCCCCCCACCCUCAGGCCUUGUGGGCCCGUCGCUCCAGCUGGAACAGCCUGGGAGGAUGCCGGCCUUUCUCCUCCUCGUCUCCCUCCACUAGUCCGGCCAUCACCACCACCUCUGCACGGCCCUUCUAUGGCUACGGCCUGGGGGGUCUUGGCGGCGUGGUUGGAGGGAGUCUUCGUAUCCGGGGUCCUCGUGCCUCCUCGUCCCCGCGGCGCCACCUCCACCAUGUCCUCCAAGAUGAGGAGGAGUCUCUCAUAUCUCCUCCCCCUAUUCCUCUUCACUCCCUGCACCUUCCUCACCCUAUGCUCCCGGGACACUUUGUACCCAGGAGGGACCGCAGGGCCCUUUCGCUAGAGCUGCCCCACCUGCUGCAGGUGCCAGGACCCCCGCACCCUCCACUGCCGCCACACCACCCUCUGCCCCCCUUGACGCUCCACGCUCAACACAGGAAGAAGAGCUUCUCUGGGGGGAUGGUUAUCAGUGGAGGCGGUGGCAGUGGACACGACAGUCUGGGGGGCUUAGUAGGGGUUCACCAAGAUUGUAAUGGGAAGACCCCUCUUUCUCAGCUUCUGCAGCCCCCCCACAGACACCACACUGAGCAUGCUGGAGGGGUGAACCCCCAGAGCCAGCUGAUGUCUGAAGUCUUCCCCCAGGUUAACACACGCAGCAAGGACCGGGAGGACCUGGAUGAUGACAUUGAAUAUAGCUUGUGUUUCCGCGUCGAGAAGAUGUUAGAAGCGUACAAACCGGACUGGUGUGAGUCCAGAGAGGAAUGGUCUGUAUUCCUGUUCUCUCCACGGAACAGGUUCAGACAGAUAUGCCAGUCCAUUGUCGCCCAUAAGCUGUUUGACUAUGUGGUGUUGGCCUUCAUCUUCUCCAACUGCAUCACAGUAGCUCUGGAGAGGCCUAAGAUACUUCAGGGCAGCUUGGAAAGAGUCUUCCUCACCAUCUCCAACUACGUCUUUACUGCCAUAUUUGUGACCGAGAUGACACUCAAGGUGGUCUCCAUGGGUCUGUAUGUAGGGGAUCAUUCUUACCUGCGGAGCAGCUGGAACGUUCUGGAUGGCUUCCUGGUUUUUGUGUCUUUGAUUGACAUUGUGGUUUCCAUGGCGGGCGGGGCCAAGAUCCUGGGUGUGCUCAGAGUGCUCAGGCUGCUAAGAACACUGCGUCCCCUCAGAGUGAUCAGCAGAGCUCCAGGUCUGAAGCUGGUGGUGGAGACCCUCAUCACCUCCCUCAAACCCAUCGGCAACAUUGUCCUCAUCUGUUGUGCAUUCUUCAUCAUCUUUGGCAUUCUUGGGGUCCAGCUGUUUAAAGGCAAGUUCUUUUACUGCUUUGGCCCCGACGUCAAAAACAUCACCAACAAGUCCGACUGUAUGCUAGCCAACUACAAGUGGGUCCACCACAAGUACAACUUUGACAACCUGGGGCAGGCUCUGAUGUCCCUGUUUGUGCUGGCCUCAAAGGACGGCUGGGUCAACAUCAUGUAUCACGGCCUGGAUGCUGUGGCUGUGGACCAACAGCCUGUGACCAACAACAAUCCGUGGAUGCUGCUGUAUUUCAUCUCCUUCCUGCUUAUUGUUAGCUUCUUCGUCCUCAACAUGUUUGUCGGUGUGGUUGUGGAGAAUUUCCACAAGUGUCGCCAGAACCAGGAGGUGGAAGAGGCCAAAAGGCGUGAGGAGAAGCGUCAGCGGCGCAUGGAAAAGAAGAGGAGAAAAGCCCAGAAGCUGCCCUACUUUGCCAGCUACGGCCACAUACGCCUGAUGAUCCACACACUGUGCACAAACCACUACCUGGACCUCAUCAUCACCUUCAUUAUCGCCAUCAACGUCAUCACCAUGUCCUUAGAGCACUACGAUCAACCUCGUUCUCUGGAUCUCGCCCUGAAGUACUGCAACUAUUUCUUCACUUCCAUGUUUGUGCUCGAAUCGGCACUCAAACUCACCGCCUUCGGCUUCCGUCGCUUCUUUAAAGAAAGGUGGAACCAGUUGGACCUCGCCAUUGUGCUUCUGUCGGUGAUGGGCAUCACCCUGGAGGAAAUCGAUUUCAGUGCUGCCCUGCCCAUCAACCCCACCAUCAUCCGGAUCAUGAGAGUACUGAGGAUAGCCCGAGUGCUGAAGCUGCUGAAGAUGGCCACAGGGAUGAGAGCCCUUUUGGAUACGGUGGUCCAAGCCCUGCCUCAGGUGGGUAACCUGGGCCUGCUUUUCAUGCUGCUGUUUUUCAUCUACGCCGCCUUAGGAGUAGAGCUAUUUGGAGAACUUGUAUGCAACGAAGACUACCCAUGUGAGGGAAUGAGUCGUCACGCUACCUUUGAGAACUUUGGCAUGGCCUUCCUUACCUUAUUUCAAGUCUCCACGGGCGACAACUGGAAUGGCAUCAUGAAGGACACAUUGCGGGAGUGCCCACCAGACCAUGGCACUGAUGUGGACUAUGCCUGCAAUCCUAGCCUUCAGUUUAUCUCGCCCAUGUACUUUGUCUCCUUCGUGCUCACCGCCCAGUUCGUGCUCAUCAAUGUGGUGGUGGCCGUGCUGAUGAAGCACCUGGACGACUCCAACAAGGAGGCCCAAGAGGAGGCGGAGAUGGAUGCAGAAAUUGAGCUGGAGCUGGCCCAGGGCACCCUCUGUUGCAUGGGCGCCCCCAGCUGUGGGGGGGGGAAGGUGGACAAAGGACUUGGAGGCCCAGCAGGUGCAAAAGACAGAGGAUGUGUGACCAGAGAGAGGGGGGAGGGGGUGAGGAAGAUGAGACAUUCAGCAGGCAGCACACACUCAGGAGCCUUCAACCUGCGGGACUCCAGCCUCAACCUGUACUCACCAGCACAAGAGAGCCAAUGGCUGGACAGCGUAUCUCUCUUGAUCAAGGAUUCACUGGAGGGGGAGAUGCUGAUGAUCGACAACCUCUCCGGUUCUGUCUUCCACCAUUAUUCUUCUCCUCCACCCAUCUGCAGAGAUUGCAAGGGCCACCCACAAGAGAUCAGGAUGGCAGAGAUUGAGCAGGCAUCCCUGAAGUCAGAGCAAAUGUCAGACAAGUCUUCGUCCCCCGCCCUGCCAGAUGACCUCAGCCUGGACGAACACACCUCCUAUCAGCUGCUGCCGCAAGAGUGCAAGGGAAGGUGCAGCAGUGACUCCCGUAGCUCUGAUGAGGCUGGAGGGGGGGGGAGUCAUGCAGGAGGCCCCCCCACCCAGACGGUGGUGCAGAGCCUGGGCCAGCCCUGCAGGCCCCUCAUCGCUGGGAUUGAUGUGGAGACUGCAAUACAGGAGAUGGAGAUGCAAACACAUCGACCACACACAUGCACUCCUCACCGUAGCCCUGGUGGCGUUUCCAGAAGCAGCAACCAGGAAAGAAACGGAGAAGGUGGAGGAGGAGCGAGUGGCGUGUCUCCUCUCUUUCAUCUGCCUGCAGAGUUCUUCCACCCCGCAGUAGCAGCCAUCCCAGCACCCCCCCGCAGCAGGAGCCUACGGCUGACCAGGGGCCUCAGGCUGACCUCCCCUGCCUCCUGGGCCUCACUCCGCUCCCCAGGGGCCCACAGCAAGAUGCUCUGCACACAGUACCCAUCCCACAGUGACUCGUCCCUUGCUACAGGCAGCUCUGAGGGCAGCCUCCAGACCACCCUGGAAGAGGGCCUGAGCUUCAGCAUCUCCCCACCACAGAACUUGGAGUUGUCUUUGCCGAUAGCUCCCUUACCACUCGUGUGCCCCCUCCCGCUGCCUGAAGACAGUACCGCCAUCUUCUCCCCGGUCCAGACCCUGAGACCGCGGCCCACCCCCUCGUCGGCCCUCACCCUCCUGGCCACCAAGGGCCACCAGCGGAGCCAGAGCAGCGGCCGAGGGAGCACCAGCCCGGGCUACACCCGGGACGACUCCAUCGACCCUUCAGACGAGGACCUGGGCAUAGGUAUUGGGUCGUCCAUUGGGGGCUGUGGCUCCAGCCAAGCGGGCAACAGUGAACAUUUGUCAGAGACGCUGAGCAGCUUGUCUCUCACAUCCCUGCUGUCCCCCAGCUCCCUGGUGUACCCGGGGGUAGCGGUGAAGAAGUGCAACAGCACAGGCAGCCUGGACCAAGGGGGGAUGCUGCUGUCGUCCCGGGGCAGGGAGGGCCGCCGGGAGAUUCUGGGACUGGAGCUUAUGGACCCCCAAGGCUUUUUGGCCAACCCUUGGACGGGGGUAUUGGUGGAUACAAGAGGAGAAGGAAGAGGGGAAAUAGUAGAUGGUCAGCAAGGGUUCAAAGUGAAGAGCUCAAGCCAAACAACAAUAGGGCCUUGUCGGGAAAACAGAUGAAACCUACUGUUCACUCUCUCUUUGUCUCUCCAUUCCUUGGAUCUAAACCCAUAGCUGUCCCUCUCAAUCUCUCUGCUUCCAUCAGUGAGAGAGAGGCUUGAUGACACACGAUGUCCCGUAUUCCAAAACCAAACCCUCAUCUUGCCCCCUCAACCCCUUUCUAUACAUUUGUGACAAGCCCAAGUCCUAUUUUGUGCUACCUAGAGUACUGGUCUUGGUUAGGCGACGAAGGGGCCUGGCGAAGUAAAGGCCCAUGGGCUUAACUUGAAGGGGUAGACAUGGAAGGUUCUGCUCACAUUGGAAGACCAGGAGACCCAUUUGUAUCAGGGAGUCAGUAGAAGCAGAGACGAAAGAGCUUUAACUCGAAGACACAACGAGAGAGUUGCUCUACUGUAAUUUUCUUUUCCUGGUGUCAGUUUGGGAUCGCUGAGGUCGAAAAUGCAAAAAUAGAAGUACCCAAACUGAAAAUAGCUCUCCAUGCCAACACAGACUGUUUGGGAUUGUUUAUGUUUCAGAGGCAGUGCAGUAAGUAAGUGGGAGGAGGCUCGGAAGUGGCAGAAUAUUUUAAGGCGGAAGGAAGGCUGGCAUAGGAGAAGGCAGGUCAUUUGUUUGGCUGGGAAUGCAGCAAGCGGAUCUAAUGUCCAUCUGUUCUGGCAGACGGAAACAACAGGUCCUACUCUCUCUGGACCUUCUGCUGAGUUCAGAGUAAAAAUGCAAGGUAGAGGACAGUUCAAGAGUGAGUGCUAAUAGCGUGAGUGAGAGCACUGCCUCAGGUAUCCAAGGCAUGAAUUAGAUUAUUCUCAACACUUCACCAUACCUCUGUAUUUUUGAAACAGGAGAUGGGCAUCGACUGAUCAAAGCUUUGUGCCUCUGUUAACUUGAGUGGCAGCGGAAAAUGAAAAUAAAUUGACAGAUUGCGGACGUGCAUGGAGCUAUUCGUGAAAUUGGUUAUUUUUGCUCUCUAUCUCCAGCAUAUCACACUCACUCAAACAUGAAGAAAUUAGUCUGAAUGAGAGCCAGGUUGGAUGGAGCUUUACAAACCCCAUCAGAAGAAACAAUAACGCGUGCAUGGGGCAGCCUUUUGUGGACCAAAAUGGUUCACAGUUUGACAAUAAAGUGAGUCUUGAAGCACACUCCUUUUUCACUUCCUCUCACCAUGCUUAAGGAUUUGAGACGAAUGGACAAACCCCACAAGAGUUGCGAGGGACGUGGACUGCAUGAGGGAAUUGCAUUUAACCAAGAUUUUUACCUAUAUACAGAAGUGUAUCAAGAUGUCAGUGUUGGGUGAUAACCAUGUGAUUUCUAUUCCACUAUUUUUGUAGAAAAAGUGAAUAGGCACGUGCAAGUGUUGCCGUUACUUAAUCCCUAUUUCAUUUAACCCAUACGAUCUCUUUAACUUGUUGUCUAGGACUUUUUGUCUGCCAGUGGCUUCCAGUUUUAUAACAUUUUUUAAAGUGUGGACGGUGUAUAAAACAACGAAGCAAAAAAUGUCAAAUGAACUUUGUGCGCUGAAGACGUUGGAGUCCCAGGGGACAACCAGAGAUGCGAACAGCCAUAUUCACUCAGCACAUGAGGAUCGUUCUAGCUCACAGACAUUCCUUGCUGCACACAGGGAACUUUGUUUGCUUUUAGCCUCCUAUGCUAAAAAAAAAGAAACCUUGAAUAGCGGGAACCAUCUCUAUGAAAGCUUUAAUUUGAGAGUGACUCCACAACAUAUCAAUUAUGGACACAUUAGUGUUCUUUAAGCAUGGUUCUGGGAUUGCAAUACAGUAUGCUUUUUCUUGAAAUGACCCUGAUGCACUCAUCUUCUCUUCCCCAUCUCCUCACACAUACAGUAUGUUGUAGCAACCCUUACACACACACCAUGUGUUUGUUAUCAAAAACUGACACUGUAAUAAUGAACAAAACAUUGCAUCUUUUAAUGCAAGCUUAUUUUGCUUCUCGCUCCAUCCCAAAAGGACAUGCUCAUAUUUUAGCCUGAUAUUUAGAGGUAGACUGUUGUAUCCCCAGUGUUUUGAUCAUUACCUUACUUUUUUACAUUUCUCAAAAAAGAAUUAGGUGAUGUGAGAAAAUCUGAGGGAUUGACCUUUUGUACCAUGCAGCAAAAUCACUUUGAUGACUAUGGUUUAUCACAUGGUGUUAGGUAUUCAUGGGUGACAGUAAAGACAGGUGUGUGUGUGUGUGUGUGUGUGUGUGUGUGUGUGUGUGUGUGUGUGUGUGUGUGUGUGUGUGUGUGUGUGUG